CUCACAUCAUGAUUGAAUUAAAAUUGCUAAUUACAAAAGAACUAAUUUGUCACGAACGUUAAAAAUAGACUCACAAUCAAUCACAAACGAUUGUACAGUGUUUCUCAUAGUUAUUCAGUAUUUUGUACGUUAACAAGUUCCUCAAGAUGGAUUAGCAAAUAAAUUUUGAUAACCACUGUUCCACAUGUCCAAGCUGUCAGUAUGUGUAGUACACGUCAUAAGUUUUAUUGUUAAAAGACGAAUAGAAAUAUUUAUUAAAAAGCAUGGAACCAUUAUAUCAUCAAACAAACAAAUUAGUCCAAGAAACACAACAUCUUUUCUCACAGCUUGAGAAAUACUCACCUAACUUAAACAUCCAGGAAAUAGAAGAUAAUAUUGAAUCAAAAAUAAAUCUUAUCAACAGCAAUUGUGAAAGGUUAGAUGUGUUGUGCCUUAAAGGCCCUAUAUUUCAAAGGCAAAAUGCUAAAAUGCGAGUAGAUCAGCUGAAGUAUGACAGCCGUCAUCUAACAGCUGCUCUAAAUUCUUGGAGAAGAAAAAUGAUGAUGAAGCAAAGAGAAGAAGCAGAAAGAGAAGCAUUAUUGUCUAAAAAGUUUACUACAAAUGCUCAAGUUGACAUUGUGAUAGAUCAUAAUGUGCAACAAAAUUCUAGUUUACAAAAUGCAAUUCAUGGAGUAGAUGAUCUUCUUCAGAGUGGAAGUAGUAUUUUAGAUAGUUUGAGAUCGCAAAGAAUAACUUUGAAAGGAGCUCACAAACGAUUAAUAGAUAUUGGAAACACUUUAGGACUUUCAAAUACCACAAUGAGACUGUUAGAGCACAGAGCAAAACAGGAUGGAUUUGUCUUAGUUGGUGGGAUGCUAUUCACUAUUAUUGUUAUUAUUUUAAUUAUAAUUUAUUUUACAUAAGAACUGAUUUCUUAUUUUUAAAUGUAUACAAGGUGAUGCAAUUGACAGUAAUGUUAUUUAAGCAUCUCUUUUGUUAAUGUAUUAAACAAAUAAGGGUAUAUAAAAUGUGAUAUGUUUUAUUUACAGUACAAAAGAGACACUUAAAAUCUUUGAAUUAAUAAUGUUAACUGCUUCAUCUUUUAUCCACUAAAUUGUGUGUUGUAUUGUGAAACUAAAAUUCAUAGUUGUUGCUAAUUAUACACCAUAACACAUGUAUUUGU